AUGUCUUCGAUCAUCCGCACCGUCUUCGCGCUCAGCGCUGCCGCCGCCGUCGCCGUCGCUCAAGACCCAAACUCCCCACCCCCCAAGCUCGACGCCCCCUGCGCCGAUGCCGUUAUCUUCAUGGCCCGCGGUAACACUGCGCCGUACCAUGACUACCGUACAUUCCCCUUCGCCGACGCUACGUGCGCCAAACUAAGGGCUGAGGGCAAGACCUGCGACUACAUUGAGGUCGUGUUCCCGUACGGCGGCGACUACUGCAAACAAAUUGGCGAGGGAGUCCGCAACGGUCUUGACCAGAUCACUGCUUUCAACAAGAAGUGCCCGUGCACGCACCUCAUCCUCAACGGCUUCUCUCAGGGUGCCUGGAUCAUGGGAGAUGUCCUUGCUGGACCUGGUGGAUGCUCGCAGAUCACCACUGGUCUCGACCCUGCCGCGGCUCCUGGUAACGCUAUCGCUGCUGCUCUCCUCUGGGGUGAUGUCAAGCACGAGGCUAAUAUGCCAUACAACGUUCUUGACGGCUCUGAUCUACAGAAGAACGGUCGCGACGCCACCUCUCUUGCGCGCCUGAACCGCUUCGCACCUGUUCUGCGCUCCUACUGCUCCAAGGGAGACCCGAUCUGCGCCAACGGCGACGACGUCGAGAAGCACCUGAGCUACUUUGAGAAGUACACCGAAGACGCCUCGAACUGGGCCGUUGGAAAGCUCAAUGCCGCCGCCCCUCUGUGUGCUGCUCCCACACCUACGCCCAGCGCUUCUUCUUCUGCCGUCGCCUCGUCUGUUCGCGUUGCCGCUGUUGCAUCUUCGAGCGCUGCUGCUUCUUCGAGCGCUGUUACAUCGUCGAGCGUUGCUGGUUCCUCUGGCGCUGCUGCUUCCUCCGGUGCUGCUGCUUCUUCUGGCUCUGCUGGUUCCUCUGGCGUUGCUGGUUCCUAUGGCGCUGCUCCCUCUGGCGCUGCCGCUUACUCUGGCGCUGCUGGUUACCCUGGCGUUGCUGCUUCCUCCAGUGUCGCUGCUCUUCCCGCUCAGCCUACAUCUCCAGUUUACGUUGCUCCCUUCACUGCUCCCAUGUCAUACAAGGCUAUCAAGCAGCAAAAGGUCGUCGUCAAUGACGUACCGAAGCCCACCGAAGCACCAAAUCAGUUCCUAGUCAAGAUACAGUCAGCAUCAUUAUGUCAUUCAGACUUGCUCAUGGCCAUGAGACCCGACUACAAUGUCACCUUAGGACACGAAGGAGUCGGCUACAUUGAGUCUAUCGGCGCAGAAGCUAGCGACAAAGGCUUCAAAGUUGGUGAUGCUAUCGGGUUUAACUAUUUCAUCGGCGCAUGUUUCGAAUGCGAAGGGUGCAUGAUCCACAACAUGCGAUGCGAGACGGGUAACCAGAAACUACAAGGUUUUGUGUCGGAUGGGUACUUCGCCGAGUACGCGGUCGUUGAUUGGCAGAAUGCAGUCAAGCUACCCGAAAACCUCGAUAUGAGUAAGACUGCACCGCUGUUCUGUGCGGGUAUCACAGCAUUUCAUUCAGUGGACAGCUGUGAGUUGAAGGCGGGCGAUUGGCUGGCGGUUAUCGGGUGCGGCGGUCUUGGACAGUAUGCGAUACAAUAUGCAAAAGCCAUGGGUAUCAAGACUAUCGGUCUCGAUAUCAACGACAACCAACUCGAUGUGGCGAAGAAGGUCGGCGCGGAAGCUGUCUUCAACUCCAUGAAGAACAAGGAUUAUCUCGAAGAGAUCAAGAAGCUCACCGGAGGCAAAGGAUGCCACGCAGCGGCGGUCUACAGCGCAUCGAAUGCAGCAUAUGCCGGCGCCCCAGAUGUCUUGAGAACAGGCGGACUACUCAUGGUCAUUGGAAUCGCACCGAAAGGAUUGGACUUCAUCAACACCUUCGACUUAACAACAGGACGGUACCGCAUCAAGGCCGACAGCACGGGUAUUCCGCAGCGAAUGAAGAAGGCUGUGGAUUUCACUGGCAAGCACUGCAUACAACCAGAAGUCGAGUUCCGCAAGAUUGAUGAUUUGCCGCAGAUGGUCGCUGAUAUGGAGGCUGGUAAAGCGGAGAAGAGACAGGUUGUUGUAUUCUAG